AUGCUUCGCCAAAUCCUAAGAAAACCACUACAUUCCCGCUCGUUGGCUUCAGCCGCAACGUCCACUACAACUUCAGCGGCCGCCAGAACCCCACCGCCACCUUCUUACAAAACUACAGUUUUACCCAAUGGUCUCACGGUGGCAAGUGAGUCUAUGCCUGGAACUAAAACGGCAACGGUUGGCAUGUGGAUUAACGCUGGCUCCAGAGCAGAUAAUCCCGUGAGCAGCGGUACAGCACAUUUCCUCGAGCACUUGGCCUUCAAGGGGACACAAAAGCGGUCCCAGUACAGCUUGGAGCUCGAGAUCGAGGAUUUGGGCUCUCAGAUCAACGCUUAUACGUCCAGAGAGAACACAGUGUAUUACACGCGGUGUCUUGCCAAGGACUUGGAGCAGAACGUGGACAUCUUGAGCGACUUGUUGACGAAGCUGAAGCUAGAGACCAAAGCUAUAGAACGAGAAAGGGCUGUCAUCUUACAGGAGAGCGACGAGGUCGAUAAGAUGUUUGACGAAGUGGUGUUUGACCAUUUACACGAGAUAACCUUCCGCAAGCAAGACCUAGGCAGAACCAUCUUGGGCCCAAGGGAGAAGAUAAAGACCAUCAACAGAGACGAUUUGGUCAAUUAUAUCAGGACAAACUACAAAGGCGACAGAAUGGCCCUCAUAGGUGCAGGCUGCGUUGAUCACGACAAGCUUGUGGAGAUAGCCAAGAAGUACUUUGGGCAUAUCGAGAAAAGCCCUGUUCCUUUCAAGCAGCAUGGGGACGACAUGCCCAUUUUCUAUGGGGCAGAGAGACUUAUCCAGGAUGACUCCUUGCCUGUAACACAUGUGGCAUUGGCUGUGGAGGGCGUUUCGUGGUCAGCUCCAGACUUUUUCACGUCGUCUGUCGCCAAUGGCCUCAUUGGCUCGUGGGACAGAUCCAUCGGCAUUGGUUCCGACUCGCCAUCUCCUUUGACUGUCACUGCCGCAAUGGGCGGCCCCAACAACCAACCAAUGGUUAAUGCCUUCAUGGCCUACACUACCUCUUACGCCGACACUGGCUUAAUGGGCGUUUACUUCACCGCAGACAGCAACACUGACUUGUCUUUCUUUACCAAUGCCGUUUUAAAAGAAUGGGCACGCUUAAAGAGUGGCAAUGUCACUGAAGAGGAGGUGGAACGCUCCAAAGCACAACUCAAAGCAUCCUUGGUGCUAGCGCUCGAUGACAGUACUGCUAUUGCCGAAGAUAUCGGAAGACAAUUGGUCAACACGGGCUACAGAUUACUGCCCGAGGAUGUCUUCGAGAGAAUUGAGUCGGUUACGAGACAAGAUGUCAUUGACUGGGCAAACUGGAGACUCAAAGAUAAGCCUAUUUCUAUUUGCGCAUUGGGCAACUGUAAAACGUUGCCCUCACAUGAGGAAUUGAGCAAGGGUAUGAGCUGGUAG